AUGCCGUACCUCGAGUCUUCGUUCCUUACUGCGCAUGCUGGCUUGACGAAACAAGCGACCGCUGGUCAAAGGAAACGAAGACGCUGGGUACGAGGAUGGAGUAUUGAAACUGGUGCGCCACCUGCGCAACACGAAGAAUACAGUAGUUCGACAAUCAGCACUUUGAUAUAACUGCUGUACAAAAUUACUGGCGUAGCUGGCGGGAUCGAGAUCGGGAAAAGUGUCUGAGAGAGGUGUGCCGUUCUAAGUAGGAGUAUGGCUCUGGAUAGUAGUAAAGGGCAAGCAGCGCCCACUCUAUGGUUGUCUUUCAACGCCGCUUUCAAAGAGCAUUUUAGAAUUACAAAGUUCAUCAUGGAAGCAGGUCACAGACUAAAGCUACCCCCAGUGGCCUGUGCUUCUGCGUGUAAUCUGUAUCAUCGAUUCUACAAGCAAUACCUUAAAAGUGACUACGAUUCAGCUGUUAUAGGCUGCACUGCUUUGUAUCUUGCAUCCAAAACUGAGGAAUCUCCUUGUAGGCUGCGAGAUGUGAUAAAUGUAUCAUACAGGAUGUUACAUAGAGAAAGAGGACCUUUGGAAGUGGGAUCUUUGUACUGGGAACUACAUGACAGUGUGGUUAAUUGUGAGCUGAUAAUGUUACGAAGUCUUCAGUUUCAUGUAGCUUUCAAUAACCCACACAAGUAUCUUCUACACUACCUCAACUCUCUUGAAGACUGGCUUGACAACGAAUCAUGUAGCACAAUUACUGUCAGUCAACUUAGCUGGAGCUUGUUGCAGGAUAGUUUCCACACUACAUUAUUCUUGGAGUACAGUCCAGCUGUGAUUGCAGUAGCAAUGAUAUAUUUCUCUCUGAUAUGUCUUGGGAUUAAAGUUCCAUCUCAGGGGGUUCGACUUUCUUGGUGGAAGGUUGGUGUCUUAGUACUUGAAUUUUUUAAAUUUACAGUAAAAUUACAGUUAAUACAAGUUAGCCCCAGCUGCAAGGUUAAUAAUUUCAAUUCAUGUCAUUAUUGAGUUCCGGUCUCGACACAGCAAGUUUAGGUAUGAAGUACGAAACAUUGGUAGACACUGGCACCUCACAACAAAGUAUUGGUAUUGGUGUGUUUCCUUAUGAAUGUAUUUUUAUUAUAGUUCACAGUAAGUUACUAAAUACAGAUGUAAAUAUAUUUGACUGUAUUUUAAAAACUGUAUCUACAAAGAACUCACGACAGUCCGAGAGCUCUGAGUACCUUGACCACCCCUCCCCUCUGGCUAGGAGAUUGGCCUGUCACACGUCCAUUCAACAUGCGCCUCUCUAGCAAGGUCCCCUCUCAAUACAGAACCCUCAAGCACUGUUCAACAACAGAGCAAAGUGUCCAGUGAGCGACACAGUCAAAAUUAACGUUGUUUAGCACUGAAAACAUAAGUAUAGCUGAGUGAAGGAGAGCAGCGAUUAGGUUUGUACUUGGGCUUCGAAAACAUAGCAGGGCAUUUUAUUCAGCAAAGUCACUCAGAUAUACUACCUACAAAAUUGCAACCGCUAAUUUUAUGGGAAGCUAAUUUUAGAAACAGUUUUUAAAUUAUUUAUCCUUAUUUAUUCAUCCUAAACUUCAAUAUAGUAAAUUAUCGCAUUUUUUUUUAAUUGUAUACUGUAAAUUUUAAUAUAUUGUAAAGUAGUCUAGUGUACCCAAUUAAUUCUUAAUUUCGUAUUCUUAACUGUACAUUUUAAAUCUUAAUCUAUUGUAACGUAGUAGUGUCCCCAAUCAGCUUCUGUAAGCUAAAUACCUACCCUGACACUUAAAUAAAGUUAUUAUUAUUAUUAUAAGGUUCUCAUAGUUCCGAAUUUCUCGGCUAUGAAUGAUUUAAUCCAAACAUAAAAAUAAUACAUUGUAGCUUUAAUACCAGUCAUAUAGGAAUACUUUCCACCAAAUAUCAGAAGAAAGGGUCUAAUAUUAGAGCUAUACGAAUUAUUUAAUUAUUAAAUUAUUAAAUUUUAUUUAUUUUAUAUCUUGUUCAUUUAUUGAUUUAUUUCUUUAUUCGUUUGUUUAUUUAAUACGGCAACGAUCGGAGAGGUAAACUCGGCUGAAAUUGACUCAUUUUUUACUUAAAAUUGUGUAGGGAGAGACACAGGUUUGCACGCCAUUACAGCGCCAAGCUACAAACAACCAAACAAACUCUCACAACUUCAAAAAACUCAUUUGAAUUUACUUACAGUGACUUUCCUUGCCAUUUAAAGGUGAAUAGAGAUAAACUUGCGUUGAUUAAUCGUCUAUAGGAGUGUAAAAAGAGCGAAAGAUUGACGAUUACUGGUAAUUCGUUCAGGAAAAUAGAUCAACUCAACGGAUUCUGCCCGCUGUAACGGUCCGGAUGAGAAAAUUCCGCCUGCUCCAGGAACCAAUCAGAUUGCAGGAUUUGUUGAAUUCCGCACGCUCACGAGCUGAGAAAAAGAUAAUGUGCAGUAUUACUUCAAAGUUGAAUUCAACUUUUGGAACGAUUGAUAAUGCCACGGCCGACAAAAUGACUACAAAAGUCGUGUCGUGCUUUUGAUUUACAACUUUCAUCUUUCUUUCUCUGCGCUGUAAUAUUCUGUCGCGCGGUGAAGAAAUUAUUUCAUUUCUUGUUUUCAACUUGGUUUUUACUUGUGUCUUUUGCUUUUAUUUUCCCUUGUUUUCUCAAAUGUUGGCCAUUAUAUAUAAUGCAAGAAUGGAUAUUUUUCGUUUUGUCCUCCAAAGUCAAUAUUUAAGAUAUUUCCCCUAUUUAAUUUUCUCGGCCUCUUUUGGGAAUUUUGUCGUGCGAAAAAAGAAGUUAUAUGAUUUCUUCUUUUCUUGUCAGUUUUACACAUCAGGUUGAGUUCCUUUUGUUGAUAUAUUUAUAAAAAAGA